CUUUAAGCUACCGGGCCUGACUGAGUAGGAUGGAGAGUGGAGAUGGUACUUUGUGUCCGCAUUCCUAGAAGCCGGGCGUCUGCUCUAGUUUCCUCCCCCUAGGCGUGUCCUGGGAGAUUUGGGCCGCCCUUUUCCAGAGAGCACUUAGUCUCACUUGCUCCCCACGCCUCUCCUUUUCCCCACCCUCCUCCACCGGAGCCUUUCUCUUCCCCCCGGGCCACUUCCUUCUUCAGCCUUAGGACGCGGAAGCAGAGAACCCGGUUCAGACCCACUCGGCAUCAGCUCUUCAGUGAAGGAAGAAGCAAUCGUAGAGUCAGCAAUGAAUGUGGAUCAUGAGGUUAACCUCCUAGUGGAGGAAAUUCAUCGUCUGGGUUCCAAGAAUGCUGAUGGAAAGCUAAGUGUGAAGUUUGGGGUCCUCUUCCGAGAUGACAGAUGUGCCAAUCUCUUUGAAGCAUUGGUUGGGACCCUGAAGGCCGCGAAGCGAAGAAAGAUUGUUACGUACACGGGAGAGCUACUUUUGCAAGGUGUUCACGAUGAGGUUGACAUUGUGUUGCUGCAAGAUUAGUGUGAUUUGCAUG